AUGGGAGCAAUACGGUUAAAGGCAUCACCCCACGAAUCUGAGGUGGUGCAGAUUUCAGUUGGAGUAUUCGUAUACGGGAUGGGAGACUACGGAGAGGGAGUGUACAAACGCCAGGCUGAUGCGGUCACCGUCGAAAUCGGUGACUCAACGACACCAAUGGCGGAGACUACAGCCGCAGAAGGCGAGACAACUGCUGCUGCCGGAGAGACCACAGCUGCAGCAGGGGAAACCACCGCUGCGGCUGAAGAAACCACAGCUGCAGCAGGCGAAACCACUGCUGCGGCUGAAGAAACCACAGCUGCAGCAGGAGAAACCACCGCUGCGGCUGAAGAAACCACAGCUGCAGCAGGGGAAACCACCGCUGCGGCUGAAGAAACCACAGCUGCAGCAGGGGAAACCACUGCUGUUGCUGAAGAAACUACAGCUGCGGCUGGGGAAACAACGGCUGCUGCUGGAGAAACCACUGCUGCCGCCGAAGAAACCACAGUUGCAGCAGAGGAAACCACAGCUGCGGGUGAGGAGACUACAGCUGCCGGAGAAGAAACAACUGAAGCAGGAGCUGAAACUACUGCUGCUGGUGAAGAAACAACUGCUGAAGCUGAAGUUACAACUGCGGCUGGUGAAGAAACUACUGCGAAACCGUACGUUGACGAACCAGUAGUUCCCAACGGUAACUACGUGGACGAGCCAUACGUACCAAAGUAUGGAAAGGUUACGGGAUAUGGAGCAGGAGAGCAGAAGACUAAUAAGGUCUCUCAAAACGGAUAUUCCGGAAAUAUUAAAGUAGAGCCGUCCGGAUAUCGGCGAAGGCGAGCUAACGAAUACGGCGACGAAAACGUAACGCCUGCUCCCGUUGAUGAGAAUUACGGACCUGCGCAAGAAGAAACACUCGAACCUGUAAAUCAGGGAUAUGGGAACAAUGAUGCACCAAAUGUAGAACCAGCCGGGUACAGGAAGAAGAGAGCAAACGAAUACGGAGAUGAGAAUGUAACUCCUGCUCCAGGUGGUGAUUCGUAUGCACCAGCUCCAGAAGAAACCCCUGCACCAGUCGACACAGGAUACCCCGCCAGUGAAGCCCCUCCCGUAGAGCCAGGCGGUUACAGGAAGAAGAGAGCAAACGAAUACGGAGAUGAGAAUGUAACUCCUGCUCCAGGUGGUGAUUCUUAUGCACCAGCUCCAGAAGAAACCCCUGCACCAGUUGACACAGGAUACCCCGCUAGUGAAGCCCCUCCUGUAGAACCAGGGGAAGAAACCCCUGCACCAGUUGACACGGGAUACCCCGCCAGUGAAGCCCCUCCCGUAGAGCCAGGCGGUUACAGGAAGAAGAGAGCAAACGAAUACGGAGAUGAGAAUGUAACUCCUGCUCCAGGUGGUGAUUCUUAUGCACCAGCUCCAGAAGAAACCCCUGCACCAGUUGACACAGGAUACCCCGCUAGUGAAGCCCCUCCUGUAGAACCAGGGGGUUACAGGAAGAAGAGAGCAAACGAAUACGGAGAUGAGAAUGUAACUCCUGCUCCAGGUGGUGAUUCUUAUGCACCAGCUCCAGAAGAAACCCCUGCACCAGUUGACACGGGAUACCCCGCCAGUGAAGCCCCUCCCGUAGAGCCAGGCGGUUACAGGAAGAAGAGAGCAAACGAAUACGGAGAUGAGAAUGUAACUCCUGCUCCAGGUGGUGAUUCUUAUGCACCAGCUCCAGAAGAAACCCCUGCACCAGUUGACACAGGAUACCCCGCUAGUGAAGCCCCUCCUGUAGAACCAGGGGGUUACAGGAAGAAGAGAGCAAACGAAUACGGAGAUGAGAAUGUAACUCCUGCUCCAGGUGGUGAUUCUUAUGCACCAGCUCCAGAAGAAACCCCUGCACCAGUCGACACAGGAUACCCCGCUAGUGAAGCCCCUCCUGUAGAACCAGGGGGUUACAGGAAGAAGAGAGCAAACGAAUACGGAGAUGAGAAUGUAACUCCUGCUCCAGGUGGUGAUUCUUAUGCACCAGCUCCAGAAGAAACCCCUGCACCAGUCGACACAGGAUACCCCGCCAGUGAAGCCCCUCCCGUAGAGCCAGGCGGUUACAGGAAGAAGAGAGCAAACGAAUACGGAGAUGAGAAUGUAACUCCUGCUCCAGGUGGUGAUUCUUAUGCACCAGCUCCAGAAGAAACCCCUGCACCAGUUGACACAGGAUACCCCGCUAGUGAAGCCCCUCCUGUAGAACCAGGGGGUUACAGGAAGAAGAGAGCAAACGAAUACGGAGAUGAGAAUGUAACUCCUGCUCCAGGUGGUGAUUCUUAUGCACCAGCUCCAGAAGAAACCCCUGCACCAGUUGACACAGGAUACCCCGCUAGUGAAGCCCCUCCCGUAGAACCAGGGGGUUACAGGAAGAAGAGAGCAAACGAAUACGGAGAUGAGAAUGUAACUCCUGCUCCAGGUGGUGAUUCUUAUGCACCAGCUCCAGAAGAAACCCCUGCACCAGUUGACACAGGAUACCCCGCCAGUGAAGCCCCUCCCGUAGAGCCAGGCGGUUACAGGAAGAAGAGAGCAAACGAAUACGGAGAUGAGAAUGUAACUCCUGCUCCAGGUGGUGAUUCGUAUGCACCAGCUCCAGAAGAAACCCCUGCACCAGUUGACACGGGAUACCCCGCCAGUGAAGCCCCUCCUGUAGAACCAGGGGGUUACAGGAAGAAGAGAGCAAACGAAUACGGAGAUGAGAAUGUAACUCCUGCUCCAGGUGGUGAUUCGUAUGCACCAGCUCCAGAAGAAACCCCUGCACCAGUUGACACGGGAUAUCCUGCCAGUGAAGCCCCUCCCGUAGAGCCAGGCGGUUACAGGAAGAAGAGAGCAAACGAAUACGGAGAUGAGAAUGUAACUCCUGCUCCAGGUGGUGAUUCGUAUGCACCAGCUCCAGAAGAAACCCCUGCACCAGUUGACACGGGAUACCCCGCCAGUGAAGCCCCUCCCGUAGAGCCAGGCGGUUACAGGAAGAAGAGAGCAAACGAAUACGGAGAUGAGAAUGUAACUCCUGCUCCAGGAUACCCCGCCAGUGAAGCCCCUCCCGUAGAGCCAGGCGGUUACAGGAAGAAGAGAGCAAACGAAUACGGAGAUGAGAAUGUAACUCCUGCUCCAGGUGGUGAUUCGUAUGCACCAGCUCCAGAAGAAACCCCUGCACCAGUCGACACAGGAUACCCCGCCAGUGAAGCCCCUCCAGUAGAGCCAGGCGGUUACAGGAAGAAGAGAGCAAACGAAUACGGAGAUGAGAAAGUGACUCCUGCUCCAGGUGGUGAUUCGUAUGCACCAGCUCCAGAAGAAACCCCUGCACCAGUUGACACGGGAUAUCCUGCCAGUGAAGCCCCUCCCGUAGAGCCAGGCGGUUACAGGAAGAAGAGAGCAAACGAAUACGGAGAUGAGAAUGUAACUCCUGCUCCAGGUGGUGAUUCGUAUGCACCAGCUCCAGAAGAAACCCCUGCACCAGUUGACACGGGAUAUCCUGCCAGUGAAGCCCCUCCUGUGGAACCAGGGGGUUAUUAA